UAAUCCAAACCAGUCGGGCAGGUCAGGUCCAGCACACAUCAAGGGAUCUUUGUCAAACUAAACUUCACACCUUAGAGACAAUGCGUCUGUCACAGAUUGUGCUGUAUGUUAGCCUGCUGAUCGCUUUGGGUGCAGUAGUUUUGAGUGACCAGGAGACGAACCAGCAGCCCUCCGCCACCAGCCCAGAAGACACGGAGCAAUGCGCGACCUGCGAGGUCCGGCAGCAGAUUAAAACCAUGCGACUAAACGCCAUUAAAUCUCAGAUUCUGAGCAAACUGCGAAUGAAAGAAGCUCCUAAUAUCAGCAGAGACAUAGUGAAGCAGCUCCUGCCCAAAGCGCCUCCGCUGCAGCAGCUCCUGGACCAGUACGACGUGCUGGGAGACGACAACAAGGAUGUGGUGAUGGAGGAGGACGACGAGCAUGCCACAACGGAAACAAUAAUGAUGAUGGCCACUGAACCCGAGUCCAUCGUCCAAGUUGACGCAGAGCCAAAGUGCUGCUUUUUCUCCUUCACCCAAAAGUUUCAAGCCAAUCGAAUAGUCCGAGCUCAACUCUGGGUGCAUCUGCGCCCGGCGGAGGAGGCGACCACUGUGUUCCUGCAAAUCUCCCGCCUGAUGCCGGUCACAGACGGGAACAGACACAUACGCAUCCGCUCCCUGAAGAUCGAAGUGAAUGCCGGGGUCAGCUCUUGGCAAAGUAUAGACGUGAAACAAGUGUUGACUGUGUGGCUGCGACAGCCGGAGACCAACUGGGGCAUCGAGAUUAACGCCUUCGAUUCGAGGGGAAACGACUUGGCUGUGACCUCCGCAGAGCCCGGAGAGGAAGGACUGCAACCCUUCAUGGAGGUGAAGGUCUCUGAGGGCCCCAGGCGAGUCAGGAGAAACCCGGGCCUGGACUGUGAUGAGAACUCUCCAGAGUCCCGGUGCUGCCGCUACCCGCUCACAGUGGACUUUGAAGACUUUGGCUGGGACUGGAUUAUUGCCCCAAAGCGCUACAAGGCCAACUAUUGCUCCGGGGAGUGUGACUACAUGCACCUGCAGAAGUACCCGCACACCCACCUCGUGAACAAAGCCAACCCCAGAGGGACUGCAGGCCCCUGCUGCACCCCCACCAAGAUGUCGCCCAUCAACAUGCUCUACUUUAACCGAAAGGAGCAGAUCAUCUACGGCAAGAUCCCCUCCAUGGUGGUGGACCGGUGUGGAUGCUCUUGAGUCCGCACGGAGGCCGCAGCGAGAGGGAGGGGAGGACGGAGGGGCCGCGGCUCAAUCCGGCUUCCAACUUUAAGACUUUUUGACACAAACCGACCCACCAGUUCCAGAGCUUUCCUGCAGAACACGGUGCAAUAGAACCAGAGUAGAGGCCUCCAACAGCCCGAGCGCUUUCACAACCAACAUAGCUCUUACUUUUCUUUUCUUCAGUGAAAUCUUAGCCAGAGAAGCUUGAAGUCAGAGGGAUGCAGGAAAACACACACACACACACACACACACACACACACACACACACACACACACACACACACACACACACACACACACACACACACACACACACACACAC